UCGCUAGCUUGAGUGCAGCCACGUUUUAGUUUGCUCUGAAUAAUACUCAGUUUUUUACAGUUAUUAGGAUAUUUUACCAAUAUAUGGUUAUAUAGUGAUUCGUAUGAACAAUGGAUACAAUCUAUGACGCUAUUGAGAGAACAAAAAGGAAAGGAGAUAGUGUGGGACUUAGCUCUAAAACGACAAAGAGACUUCGAGGUCAACAAAGAUCAACAACAAAUAUGGCGGAGUCAUGCCCUGUAGCUGUACGCAUGAAUGCUGAACCAAAUGGAUCAUGCAGUAUCGAACCUUCUGAUCCAGUUUUGGCAUUACUAACCAAGCUGGUUGACGAUCAGAAAAAACUAAGUGACAAAUUGGAUUCGAUGCAAUCGGAUAUGGUUACCAGAGAAGAAAGGAUUAUGUCCAAAAUUGAAGAAAAAUUAGACCUUACGAAAAUUUCAUUGAAGCAGGAUAUUACUGAGGUAAAUAAUAAUCUUCAGUCACAAAUAGAUACCAUUUCCAAUGAGGUAAAUUCGUUGAAAAGCUCGAUUAGUCUUUGCAAAAUUGUCAUAAAAAACAUUUCUGAGUCGGAUAAUGAAAAUUGUGUUGCUAAAGUCAACGAGUUAGUUAAAGCUGGUCUGAAACUGGACGAUAUUAAGACUGUUACAGCGAAGAGAAUUCCGAAACGUCAGGGAUCUAAAUACCCAGGGAUAAUUGUGGCAGAGGUCAGUGAAGCUGAUAGACUGGAGAUUUUUAAACGGAAGUCAUCCUUGAAACAAUCUCCAACUUAUUCCAAUAUUUAUAUAAAUGAUUUUAUAUCAAAUGAGUCACAAAAAAUGAAUACAAAUCUCCAAACUGUUUUACGAGCUGUGGGUAAGCAGAAUGAUUUUAAUUUAGUCAAUGGACGAAUUUUACCAAAAACCGUUAGGCAAUCAGAUGGAACAAGACCAUAGGAACUCGGCCGAUGUCGGCAAUGUGAUAUCACUAUUGGAACAUGGAAUUGUAACGGCUGGUCUAGUUAUAAUAAUGACAAUUCUGUUUUCAGAAAUAACGUUUUACAGUCUACUGAUUUAGAUGUAAUAUGUAUACAAGAAACAUUUUUACGGGAAAAUCAGACUCUAAACAUGGAUUCUAUUUGCAAUUCUAAAUAUUUGUUUAUUAACCAUCACCGUUCGAACAUUCAUGUUAACGCAAGGCGCGGCUCAGGUGGAGUUGGAAUUUUAUUGAAACGUACACUCCUCGAGGAUUAUGUUUAUACAAUACUUGAUAAAUCAAACGAAGAUAUACUAUGGAUACAGCUUUCACCCCGUGUAAACAACAAUAGUGAUUCGCUGUGUAUCUGCUCGUGUUAUUUACCACCACGUGACACGUCCAGG